CAAAGAGCUACUCCGUCUCUGCAAAUAAAUUACAGACCAGAGAGGCAGCAGAACACAAGGAACACGCUCUCACGAAAGCUCUCCAUUCCUGCCUGCAUCUAGCUUGUUGAGUUCUUACAGUUGCAGAAAUGGCUAACCUCUUGCAAACACCUUUCCUUGUACCCUUCCUACUUUCCAUGGCCCUAAUAAACCUUGUGUGCUUCACGGCCACUGUCAGCAGUGAGGACGAUCAGUUCGUCUACUCGUGCUUCUCCGGCAAAAACCUCACCCUCGACGGAGCAGCCGCCGUUACAGCAGACGGCGUCCUUGAGCUGACCAAUCGCACGGUGCACGUCAAAGGCCAUGCCUUCUACCCAGCUCCAUGGCGAUUCCGCAGGUCCCCUGGUGAGACGGUGCAGUCUUUCUCGGUCACCUUUGUGUUCGGCAUGGUCCCCAUCUACUCCGACAAAUGCACCGACGGCAUGGCUUUCCUGAUCUCCCCGACCAAGGAUUUCUCCGGUGCGCAGGAGUCGCAGUACCUGGGCCUCCUCAACAAAACAAGCGACGGCAAAGCAAGCAACCACAUAUUUGCAGUCGAGCUUGAUAGCAGCGAGAACUCCGAGUUCCAUGACAUCGACGACAACCACGUCGGCAUCAACAUCAACAGCCUCACCUCAUUUAGGUCCCUUUCAGCUGGCUUCUACGACGACGACGACAAGAACGGUCUCUUCCAAAACUUGUCCCUUGUUAGCCGCAAAGAGAUGCAAGUUUGGGUGGACUAUAAUGGAGAUACCACGCAGAUCAACGUGACACUGGCUCCCCUCAAGGUCAAUGUAGCCAAACCGUCCAAACCGCUACUCACAGCUACCUACAACCUCUCAACAGUAUUGGCGGAAGACCCAUCUUACGUUGGCUUCUCUGCAUCAACUGGUCCAAUCAACUCGCUGUACUGUGUGCUCGGCUGGAGCUUAGGCAUCAAUGCCCCAGCUCCACCUAUUGAUGUCGCCAAGCUGCCAAAGCUACCUCGUGCUGGCCCAAAGCCUCGGUCCAAGCUGCUUGAGAUCAUCCUACCAAUAGUCACAGCCACUUUCAUCAUCCUUAUCGGAACAAGCAUAUUUCUGUUUGUGCGGAGGAGGAUGAAGUAUGCUGAGGUACAAGAAGACUGGGAAGCUGAGUUCGGGCCACACCGCUUCCCCUACAAGGACUUGUUCCAUGCUACGGAUGGAUUCAAGAACAAGAACCUACUUGGCUUAGGAGGAUUCGGGAAGGUGUACAAAGGCGUGCUCCCUGUCUCAAAGCUAGAGGUCGCUGUGAAGAGGGUGUCACAUGAAUCAAGGCAGGGAAUGAAGGAGUUUAUUGCAGAGAUUGUCAGUAUUGGCCGUCUCCGCCAUCGCAACCUGGUCCAGCUACUUGGUUACUGUAGAAGAAAGGGUGAGCUACUGUUGGUAUAUGACUACAUGUCAAAUGGAAGUCUUGACAAGUAUUUACAUUGCGAAGGGGAUAAGCCCACUCUAAACUGGGACCAAAGGUUUCAGAUCAUCAAGGGCGUUGCUUCUGGCCUGUUCUACCUGCAUGAGAGGUGGGAGAAAGUUGUGAUCCACCGUGACAUCAAAGCCAGCAAUGUGUUACUGGACAGUGAGAUGAAUGGACGCCUAGGUGAUUUUGGUCUGGCAAGGCUGUAUGAUCACGGUACUAACCCACAGACAACUCAUGUGGUUGGUACCAUGGGAUAUAUAGCCCCAGAACUGGCCCGGACCGGUAAGGCAACACCUCUGACAGAUGUGUAUGCGUUUGGUAUCUUCAUUCUUGAGGUAACCUGUGGGCAAAGGCCAAUCAGUAGCCAUGCAGAGGACAGUUCUCAGGUCCUAAUUGAUUGGGUUGUCAACCAUUGGCACAAAGGAUCAGUCACAUACACAGUGGACAGUAGGUUGCAAUGCAGCUACAAUGCAGAUGAGGUGCGCCUAGCGUUGAACCUUGGACUCAUGUGUGCGCACCCAAUUUGUAAUGCAAGGCCCAGUAUGAGACAGGUCGUACAAUACCUCAACGGCGAAAUGCCACUCCCAGAAAUGAUGCCCACAGACUUAAGCUAUAGUGUUCUGGCCUUCAUGCAAAAUGAAGGCUUUGACCAGUAUACAUCCACAGUUGGGAGCAGUGGCAUCACCGCCUCAAGCCUCUCGAGUGGAAGGUGACAAUCCCAGCCGCAGACCUUGUUGUAAUCAGUAGGCCUCGCUGAGUUAUGGAUGUCCACUCAAAUCCAGUAUUAUCUAAUCUAACCAAUUUUGUCUGUGAAGUUUCUAUAUUUUGUCAAAGUAUGUGGAAUAUAUAUGGAACGAUCCGGUUGUUAUGUAUGUUUUCA